AGUCUGUAAUGGUCCAUUCACGUGAAAUAAAUGAUGUGGUACCAGAAGUGCAGUGUGAGUCAUCUAAAAAUCAAGCCCAAGACUUAUCUAAAGUGAAUAUCUCUUCAGCAUCUAAAGUCGCACUAGAAGUU